AUGGAUCCAUCAUACCUAAAUUAUUUGGCGAGUUAUGGGAUUGAGCCUCUCAAAUACAUGGAAAUGCAAGCUAAUUAUCUAAGAUACCUCGCAAGCUGUUAUCCAGGAGAAUCUCCAACUCCUCCAAGCCAGUGAAAUAUGGGGAUCCCUGGACUGCCAAUGAUGCCGAGAAACGAGCCUUUGCUAAAUAAUUUUGAAGAAACUAACAGAGACGACAUGUCUGUAAAAAGCGAAAAAUCUUUUAAGAGCCGAAAGGAAUUUAUAGAGCCGCUAAGAGAAAUUCCCCAAAAUUUUGAGCCAGAAAUUAAAAAAGAGGAAGAAAGAAAAAUCGAAGAACCAGUUAAAAUAGAAAACCCACAGCCAAUUAUUGAAGAAAAAAUUGUUGAAAGGCCUGAGCAAAAAGCUGAAGCCUGGACUGUAUCAAUGGCGCCUUCUAAGGCUCGAUAUGAGCCGCCUCCUGCAUUUUCAAGAAAAAGCCUUGCAGAUCCUGACGAAAUCCCUAUAAAAAAUUCAGGAAAAGAUUUUGAAAAAUUGCUUGAAGAGCAAAUAAAAAUAAACGCUCAGGCGGAAUUGCAGGAAAGCCCUGGAUAUGAAAAGCCUAAGCAUGAAUUUUUAAAAAGGGGUAGCAAAGCACCUGUUUCUAGGCCAGCCCCACAAACGCCAAAACCAAAAAUUGCAGAUGACACUCAGAAUAAGCCGUGGAAAAUCCCCAAAGUGGACGUAGAAGAAAUAAAAAGACCUAUAAGAACGCCAGUUAGUAGGAGAAGUGAAGAUGAAAAUCAUGAAGAAGAAGCCAAAAUAAAAAGAGCGUUUUUAAAAAGAGGAGAAGGGCAAUUAUGUAUGAAAAAUAGGCCGGUUUCGAAUAUUAAGCCGAGGCAAACGCCGCAGAGAUUGAAUAGAUCAAUUUCUCAAACGGAGUAUAAAGAGAUUGCAAACUUGUCGUAUUCUUCAGAAGAGGAAGAAAAUAUUGUUAAUGAGUAUUCACUGCCAAAGCAAAUUGAAAAUAAUGAACGAAUAGAACAAUUGGAAAAUGAAUUGGAAUUUUUCCGCUCAGAAAAUGAAAAAUUAAAAAAAUUAGCUAAAGAAAUGGACGAAAAAAGAAAAAAAGCAGAAAAAGAAUGCGAAAAAAUGUCUCAAUUUGUCCAGCAGGAGCAAGAAAAGUUUGAAAAAUGAAGGGAUGAAGAAAUUGAAAAGCUGAGGAGGGAAAGAAAAGUUAGUGAAAGAAAUGCAAAAUUUCAAUCUGGGAAGAAAGAAAAAGAAGAAAUAGAGAGUUUAAAGGCAAAUAAUGCAAAGCUACUUGAAACUUUAAAACAGAAAGAUACAAAGUAUAAAAUAAAUAUUGACAAAUUAAAACAAAAAAUUGAAGAAUUAACUGAAAUGAACAAUGAGCUAGAAAAAGCUAACACAGACCUAAAAAUAGCUGCAAUGCGGAAUAAACUAGACUCUAAAGAGGAAUUAAAGAAACCCCCAAUCAAUAAGCAAGAAGAAGUAAAAAAACCUCAAAUCUUCAAACAAGAAGAAGCGAAAAAGCUUCAAAGCUACAAGACCCCAGAUAUAAUUGUAACGGCCGAAAAAAGUAUAUCAGAAGAAAGCGAAGAAAAAGAGUCAGACGAAGACAGUCCGAUUGACCAUCAAAUAAAAGGAUACUCCCAACAGUCUCCUGCAAAUAGAAAAAGUGAUGGCAAAAAAGAAGAUGGUAAACGAGAAAUCGUUUUCAGCAACGGCGUCCGCAAAGAGAUGUUCCCUGACGGCCAUUCAGUAGUCCACUUCACAAAUAACGAUGUAAAACAGUCAUUCCCUGACGGAAAAAUCAUCUAUUUUUUCGCAGAAACCAAAACUACCCAAACCACUUUUCCAGACGGUCUUCAGCUUUUUAAAUUCAACAACGGCCAAGUAGAAAAGCAUUUCCCAGACGGCACCAAAGAAAUUUCAUUCCCAGACGGCACAGUCAAAUGCAUUUUUACAGAUGGCGAAGAAGAGUCCAUUUUCCCAGACGGGACUGUCCAAAAAGUCGAUAUCCAAGGCAUCAAAUACAUUGACUUUGUAAAUGGACAAAAAGAUACAAUUUUCCCUGAUGGCACAAAAAUCAGAGAAUUUCCUGAUGGCCGAGUAAGGAAAAUCAUGCCUGAUGGGCGAGUCUUUGAACAAUAA